AUGAGUCGUGGUUUUAUUUCAAAUGUUGUUGUAGUUCAUUUUGAAGCAUUGAACGCACUUUCCGCAUUUGACAAAAACUGUCAAAUGAUUUUGUACACAUGUGAAUAUUUGAGAGAAACCAAAACAAACACACCGCUCAAUUGCUUGCGGAUCCGUUGUGCAGCGAUGAAUUACAGAAAUUUGCAAACAGAAUUCAGGUCUCUUGGUUGUAGUGAUGAAGCACAGUCAAUAGCCGCCUGUCAGCUUUACAUCGAAUUAUGUGAAGUGCGACGAAAAUUGAAUGUAAAAUACUACUACAAUGCUGAGAUUAACAAGAUAUACCUGACUGCAACGAAUGAAGUCGGUGCGAUAGAAAGUGUGUAUUUGCCCAUUCCGACCAGUGCAACGGUGGAUCUAACAGCGAAUGAACCGAUUUUCAAGGCAUUGUUUGCAGCACACGUGCAUGAAAUCAGUGAUCCAGAGACGGUGCAAUUGAUUUUUGCCUUUGUCGAUCCCACCACCACAAUUGCCUACUAUAAACUAACCCUUGGAAUGCUCAGUCUCAAUGCAAUGAAAAUUAAAAGACGAUCAAAAAUACCCAAGGAUGAACCGCAAACAACAGCCAGUUGACAAAUAAAACACAAAUUCGUUUUGGAAGUCAAUUCAAAUGUAUUUUUAUUGUUCAAUUUUUUUUUUGUAGUUAUCAUUUGUAACUCUUUCAAAGUAAAAUAUAUGUAAUCAAUUAAAAUUUAAAUUACUUAACAAAUCCAUAGACAAUUUCACUUUCGUUUCAUACACGUUGAGAGGUCGUGUGUGUGUGUGUGUGUGUGUGUUCUGCUUAUAUUUUCUUUUCUUUUCGUGUGAAACGUAUUUGUAUUAUUUUAUUUUGUGAAAAUCAGUUUCAAAAUUGAGUUCACUGCCUGAUCUAAUAUGUAAAACAAUGUUUAAAUGUGGAAGAUGUAAAAAGUGGCCAAAAACUUAAUUCGAAGAAGACGACAGAAAAACAAAGUGUUUGAAGAAAAAAAACGAUGAAAUCGUAUCCAUUGAUCAAAUGCCUACAUAAAUAAGAGCAAAUAUUUCAAAUAAUUUUUUUUCCUCUUUUUUUUCUCGAAUAGAAUUAAUUUAGAACAAUGAAUUUCAAAGAAAAGAACAACAAUUCCUUAAUUUUGUAGCAUAAUUUUUGUUGCUGGCGAUACAUUUCGGAGGAAGCUUUCAAUUACGUCGUUACAGUAAGUCUAAGAAGUAUUUUGUUUUGUUUCCAUAUCCAUCUUUACUUUCUUUUCAACUAUCUUAACAAUAAAUUGGGCAAAAAAUAUACUCUUAUUUCCUAUUAUUUAUCUUCUUUAUUUUUUUGUUGUUGUUUUAAAUCUUAUUAAAUUUACUAGAGCAAAAAAAUGUUCUUUUUUUCAUAUGUUUUGACAUUUUAUUGUCUACUAAAUGUAGCACGCAUUCGUAUAUGAUUUGUUGCUUCUUCUUUUUUUUUGCUAAAGUGUUUUCUUCAAUGAGUAACUAACGUUUGAAAAAAAACAUGUGUGUAUGUGUUUAAUGAGUUGAUAAUUUGAAUUUUUUUUUGUUAAAUAAAAGACACAUCGCAAUUCAGCUCAAGAAUCAAUAUCUCAUAAUUAACAUUGUUUCCAUCUGAUAAAUAGUAUAAUUUCGAGAGACAACAAAAAAAAACAAUCUUUACAAUUGGAUGGUCAAAUAAACAUGCAAUACAGACGCUUCGAAGCCAUUUUCUUUUCAAUUACUACGUGCUUUUUUCGCUGCUUUCAAACGACAACAGAAAGGAAAAAAUCAAACACACAACAAAAAUCACAAAAACCAUUUUCUAAGUGUUUCGGCUCUAAAUUUUGAUUGGUAUAUCAAUUAAAAAAUAUGUUCUUCUUCUUCAUCUUCUUUUUUUUCUCGCAUUCACAAUAAUUAUUUCGCAUCAAUUCCAUUUCGCAUUUAGAUUAUAGCACUAAAACCUAUCGUUGCUGCUCUAAAUUUGCUGCCUGCAUACGUGGGUGUGUGUAUGUGUAUGUCGACGCCACUGCGCCAAAUUUCAAUCUCACUCAACUCAAAACG